CUCUUUGCUAUAUAUACGGCUGGAUUGUAAAUUGUAAAACACAGAAAGGAAUACAAAGAUUUUGAUUCCGAAACACAUCUUUCAUGGUAUCAGAGCCAAAACUCUAGGAAUUUCCGCAUGAUCGCCCGACAUCGCGUCCAUCGAUCGUUGCCCGUUGUUGCUGCCGCGAAGACCGAAACGGUCGACCGUUUGUUCAUAACGGAAAUCAUACCACCGGUGUCAAGAAUAUAUAACAUUCUUGUCCAAGAUGAGACGGCACGACAUGGCAUGCACAAAGGAGAAAGCAGUGAAGCGGGUGCAUCCGUGUUUGUCGUAAAGAACAAGAUGGAGGUCAAAGAGCUCAUGUGCUCACAUUGUGGGAAAACAGGACAUGAUAUUGAGGCGUGCUACAAGCUGAUCGGGUACCUAGAGGGAUGGGUGUACCGCGAUCAGGCCGGAAGAGGAAACGGCCGGGGAAGGGGUCGUGGUGCUGCACGAGGUGAAAUGUUGAAUGAAGAUGGAGCAAGUGUUUCUUCUCCAGUUGAUCACUUCGACGAUGAAGAUGACAUGACUGCGGAAGAGCAGCUGAACCGUUCCACGAGGAACGGUCGACCGGAGGAGACCAGUGAAGCAAGUGAGCUACAGACGGUAGACCUGGUGGACCAUCCCGCUGUCCACGGUCAACCGUUCGAGAGGCAGUAAGAUGGACCUCUGGGAGUGCAACCGACGGUCAACAUGGUGGACCGUUCUGAUGACCACGGUCGACCGUCCGAAGGGCAGAAAGAUAA